GGCCUGGGGAAUGCAGCGCUGUGAAAACUUUGAGGAAUAGAAAGAGAGAAAGCAAUAGGAAAAGAGGGAGGCAUUACUAUUGAAAGAAAUAGGAGACAGAGUGGAAGGAAAAUGAAAAAAGCUGUCAACAUCUGAUGCGGCACUACGCUUGGAAGGAGGGAUUGUCCUGAAGUUUUGUGCCUUUUUCUUCAAACGCUGGUUAGACAGGCGUUGGAAUGCCUGCCGAGAGACGCCGGGGACAGCGGCAUAGGGAGUGAGGAGAGCCAUGCAAGACUUGGAUGCUGCCUUCUGCCGUGUCCGGUUAUGCAAAAUGAGGGACGACCAGGGGAGCGCUUUAUCAUGGCUCAGCCAGCUUGGAAAGGAUGCCAGCUGCUAGCACAAUGACUGGUGGGAGGGCACUGCUGCUCUGUACAAACACUGACAACUGUAUCUACCAAUCAGUCAACGGGCUCCAGUGCUGUGGCUUGAAUAUUGGGGAGGCUCCCUCGUCUGUGGUGCCCCAGUGCCAAGAGGUGUGUGGGCUACCAGCAGACAGAGACAAGAGGGACAUUGCUGUGCGCACCACUUGUCCCAUCUCCCCCUUAAUCAGCCAGAAGGACAUCCAGGAUCCUCCAGACAACAUGCUGACUCACAGGAGAGCAGCUAGCACCAGUGACCCGAGAACUUCCAACGUGGAGAACGGACAGUGCGGCAAGCUGAAUAGGUGCCAAGCAGGAGUCAAGGCUGCAAGCAUCCGUGAUAAAAUCUCCCAAUGGGAGGGCAAAAAGGAUCCUAUCCAAGCAAUUUCAAUGGACAUUUGUCCAUUUAGCACAACACAGAAGGAAAUUGAGUCCGUGAGAAAAAAGGAAUUCAAAGUUUCGGAGGUCCAACGAACAAACAGCAAGAGGUUUGUAAGCUGGGACAGGCAAGACUCAGGAAAGGAAAAUGCCGGAAAGCUCGGGGAUGUGAGGGCUAAAUCUCCAGAAGGCUCAACAAACAAGGACAAAGAACUGAUUUUAGAACGCGGACUGUGGGCUUCUAAGGCAACAGAACAGGCACAAGACAAGAAAACUGUUUUAACUCAUGUUAAGAAACUGGAAAAGGCAACAAAAGAAGUUUCUGGUGGAACAUCGCUGUCUUUUCCAGGGAAUUACUUCAGCCCACCGUCAAAAGAGGAACUGGAAGAAACAGAAAAACGUGGCAUUGAACCAAUUUUUGGAACUUUCGAUGUGUCUCGGCCUGCUGGUUCGCGGUGGAGGAGAGAGGGAGAUCCAGAGAACGUAUACAGUGAGCCAGGAGCUCCGUCUAUUAACCCUUUGCCAAAACCUCAGAGAACCUUCCAGCACCACACACCGCCUUCUACCCCAAUUUCAAGGCCUGGCUCUUGUAAGGGCAAGAGGACUUUGCCGCCAUUGCCCUCCAUUCCCCCUCCACCUCUGCCUACCUGCCCACCUCCUGGAGUUUGCAGGAGACCGUGGAAAGAAAGAUCUCAUGACAGCAACAACCGAAAGUCAUACGAAUUUGAGGACCUGCUCCAGUCAUCAUCAGAAAGCUGCAGGGUGGACUGGUACGCUCAGUCCCGCCUCGGCCUCACACGCACUUUAUCGGAGGAGAAUGUCUAUGAGGACAUAAUCGAUCCCCCAUCCAAAGAGAAUCCUUACGAAGACAUUGAGCUGGAGAGAAGUUGCCUUGGUAGCAAAUGUGUUUCACCUGUUUCUUCUUCUCCCAUUCCUGACACGCCAACUAAGCUUUGUUCCAAGCCUGGUUUCUUCAGACAGAACUCUGAGCGACGAAGCUUCAAACUCUUAGAAUUACGUAAGACCAACAGGGACGCCGGUGUGUCCUCACCAUUGCGUGCCAGCCCACCUUCUACACCCAGCAGCCCGGAUGAUACUCCUUGUCUCUCCGGAGACCCAUACAACCGUCGACGGCGGAAAAUCCCCAAGAUGGUGAUGAAAAUCAAUUGCAUCUUCGAGGCUCGGAGGGGAAAGAAGCGCAUGAAGAAGGUGUCGCAGUCAACAGAGUCCUGCUCAGGCAGAGUGACUGAUGACAACAGUGAGUCAGAAAGUGAUACAGAGGAAAAACUUAAAGCUCAUAGCCAGAGACUAGUGUCGGUCCAGUCUAUGUUGAGGCAGACGGGACGGUAUCGGACAUUGGAAAGGGAUGUGAUUGAGGAGAGAAAACUCUUUGAGUAUUUUAUUGUAGUGGCUCUCCACAAAACCAAAGCUGGAGUGCCUUAUCUGCCGGAGGUCACGCAGCAGUUCCCUCUUAAGCUUGAACGGAGCUUCAAGUUCAUGCGGGAGACAGAGGACCAGUUGAAGGUCAUCCCGCAAUUCUGCUUCCCUGACGCAAAAGACUGGGCGCCUGUCGACAACUUCCCCAGUGAAACAUUCUCAUUUGUGCUGACUGGCGAGGAUGGAAGUCGUCGGUUUGGCUACUGCAGACGAUUACUGCCCAGCGGUAAAGGUCGGAGGCUCCCCGAGGUUUACUGCAUCGUCAGCCGGUUGGGCUGCUUUGACCUUUUUUCUAAGAUCCUGGAUGAAGUAGAGAAGAGAAGAGCCAUUUCUCCUGCCUUGGUGCAGCCUUUCAUGAGAGGCAUCAUGGAGGCUCCUUUUCCUGCUCCGGGACGGACCAUAAGUGUCAAAAACUUCCUCCCUGGAUCUGGAACUGAGGUGAUCGAGCUUUGUCGGCCGUCUGAUUCUCGCCUGGAACACGUCGACUUUGAAUGUCUCUUCUCCUCGUUGAGCCUGCGCCUGCUCCUGCGAGUGUUUGCUUCCCUGCUUCUGGAGCGCAGGGUCAUCUUUACUGCUGACAAACUCAGCACCUUGUCGCAGUGUUGCCAUGCCGUAGUGGCUCUCCUGUACCCAUUCACCUGGCAGCAUACGUACAUUCCUGUGUUGCCGCCUUCCAUGUUGGAUAUUGUGUGCACACCCACACCUUUCAUUGUCGGACUGCUCUCCAGCUCGCUGUCUCGACUCAAAGAACUGCCUAUAGAGGAGGUCCUGGUGGUCGACCUCGGAAACAGCCGCUUCUUACGGCAGAUGGAUGAUGAAGACUCCAUUCUCCCCCACAAGCUGCAGGCAGCUCUGGAACAUGUACUCGAGAAGAGGAGGGAACUGGCCUCGGAUAAAGGAGAUCUGCUCAAUGACUCCAGCUGUCUGAGCACAGUGGUGUCUGAGGCGUUUGUGCGUUUCUUUGUGGAAAUGGUCGGCCAUUACUCGCUCUUCACGAGCGGGUCAGAGCGGGAGGAUGAGUUUUCUCCCGCCUCACCUAGCCCCACCUCCUCCUCCUCUUCGUCGUCCUGCUCCUUGUCCUUUCAGCGGGAGGCCUUUCGUAAGGCGGUCACUUCCAAGAGUUUGAGGAGGUUCCUGGAGGUCUUCAUGGAGACACAAAUGUUUACAGGCUUCAUUCAGGAGAGAGAUUUACGAAGACAGGGCCUUAGAGGUUUGUUUGAGGUGAGAGCACAGGAGUAUCUUGAUGCACUUCCUGGCAGUGAACACCGAGGUGUCAACAAAUUCUUAAAAGGCUUAGGAAACAAGAUGAAAUUCCUCUCCAAGAAGUGAUGCCUCCAACAUGAUAACAAAAGAAGGCAGGAAAAAUAAUACUGAGUGCUCUUUCCGAUGAAAGGAGAACCCUUAAAAGUUGAAUAAACUCUUUCCAAGUUGUGUGUGAACUCCUAUCCCAGAUGAGCUUUCAGUGUAAAGCCAAGCACAGUGUAAAUACUUGAGGAACUUUCCAGACAACUCAUACAUUCCAACUACCGGUCAUUCCCAUAGAAGUUUUGACAUGAGUACAACUUCUUCUUCAACAGGAGGCUUUAAAUUAAUUUAUAUUGUUUUCCUUUGUUUUUUUUCCUUUGUUUUUUUUAAAUCAACAUAAUCUCCUUUUUUGUGUGUGUGCAACUAGUUUGUUCAUGGGCUUUAUUUAACAAGAUCUAGACUUUGUUGGCUGUACGUACCACUUUUUCCAAGUAAAUUAACUGUGUUAUACGUUUAUUAUCAGAGUAGAAAUGAGCACCAAGUGAAAGGCAAAGGAGGAAAAUGUGAAAGAAAAUGAAUGUGAACGCUUCUCUCGAGUGUCAAAAGGUAUAAUGGAUGGAUGUGCGUGUUUGUGUGGUAGGUCAAUCAGUUUGCCUUAACCUUUGAGAAUGGAACUUUAUAAAUAAAGUUGUAAAUGUCUUUUUGA